CUUCUUUACACGGCAUAUACGCUCUAUGUCCUUUUCCCGUUUUUUAUUUUAUUUUUCGAUUUUCGAGAUAUCUAGUUUAAAAAAAAUUUCAGGACUGACUGAUUUGCUUGUUUUGUGAGCUGGAAAAGUGGAAUGGAAAUUAAUUUUUUGGAAAAGAGAAUGGGAUCUAAGACAUCAGAAUGUCACCGAAUAUGGCAAAAACUUGUUCCUUUAUUACUUCUUGGAUGCUUUUGCUUUGUGGUUGACGGACAGAUUGGAAUUACAAGCUGUACUGUUGACACAGCUGCCAACUGCCCGAAUUACUUACCAAACUCGUAUUGUAAUGUGGGAACCCUGUUAUGUGAAUGUCCAGCGGGCUAUGUAGCAAAUGCUGCUAAUAUAGGAUGCGAAUACGAAUGUGGAGCUUUGGCAGCACCGGGCAAUGGAGCAGUAGAUACAAGUGCAGGUACCGCUGCUGGUGACAUUGCAACAUUCAGCUGUGACAGUGCGUAUAAACUUUCAGGGUCAGCCAUUUCAACAUGUGUAGAUAGCACUGGAUGGGAUAAUACAGCAACCAGAUGUGUACCAGUGUGCAUACUAGUAACGUCUAGGGAUUCCUCGCGGGGAAUUGUCAUAUCAUGGGACUGGAAAAUGAUCUAA